AGGCAGGGCCCCGCUCCGGGCGGCCGGAGGGCUGCGGGAAGCCUCGCCAGGCCCCUGAGCCGAGGGGAGAACUCGGUCCCUGAGGGAGUUGAAUGCGUUGGACUUUGUGGCCGUCGCAGGGGAGCCAUGGCCAUGCUGUGUCGUCAGCAAUGAUUCCCCGCUGACAGGCUGAGCGGUGCCGACUGCAGCUGGAGAUGGUUCAGCCAUUGCCUGUGGGGAGGAUGCCAGCUCUGAGGCCCAGGUAGGAGCCUGGCCAUGGGGGCCGUGCUGGGGCUGGCACCUCCCUGCUGCCCUCCGUAGCCCGACAGCAGCUGGCUGCCGCCCUGACGGGCCACCAUGGAGCGGCCCACACGAGUGCCCGGGCCCCUCCGCCUCCUGGGCUUCUUUGGGCGGAAGCCACAGGCUGUCAGAGGGGAGACGCCGCCAGAACCGGAGCCAGAGCCGGAGGAACCUGAGGAGACGUGCAUCACGCUGCCCCUGGGCGAGGGCGGGGAGCUGGUGGAGUGUCCCCUGUGCCUGCUGCCCCAGCCUCCCGAGGCCUUUCCCACCCUGGCCUCCUGCGACCACCGCUCGUGCCGGGCCUGCCUGGAGCAGUACCUGCGCAUCGCCGUCAGCGAGAGCCGUGUGCAGGUGGCCUGCCCGCACUGCCCGGCCACGCUCCAGCCCGCCGAAGUCCACCACCUCCUGGCCGAGCCCGCCCUCCGUGACAAGUACGAGGAGUUCCUCCUGCGACGGCUGCUGGUGGCUGACCCCGGCACCCGCUGGUGCCCCGCGCCCGACUGCAGCUACGCUGUCAUCGCCUAUGGCUGUGCCGAGUGUCCCCGCCUCACCUGCGGGCGCGAGGGCUGUGGCACCGAGUUCUGCUACCACUGCCGGCAGCCCUGGCACCCCGAUGGCCCUUGUGCGCCAGCGCCGCCGGCCCCCAGCCUGGCCAACCCCGCAGCACAGCUCGUCCACCUGGAGGGCUCGGCCCAUGCUGAGGCUGAGGACAUCAAGGUCUGUCCCCGCUGCAGUGCCUUCAUCAUGAAGAUCAAUGACGGGAGCUGCAACCGCAUGAACUGCACGAUCUGUGGCUGCCUCUUUUGCUGGCUCUGCCUGCAGGAGAUCUCUGACGUGCACUUCCUGAGCCCCUCUGGCUGCACCUUCUGGGGGAAGAGGCCUUGGUCACGGACCCGGAAGAUCUUGUGGCAGCUGGGCAUGGUGCUGGGGGCGCCUAUGGUGAUCUCCCUCGUCGCAGGCGUUGCUGUCCCUGUCAUUACCAUUGGGAUCCCCAUCUACAUGGGUAGGAAGGUGCUGGGCCAGAGCCGGAGGAGCAGCCUGUCGGGGUGCCAGCAGUGCCUCUCUGUCACCAGCAGCGUCCUCCUCUCUCUCUUUGUGUCCCCCAUCAUAACAGCUGUCACCGUGGGAGUCGGCGUGCCCCUGAUGCUCACCUACGUCUAUGGGGUGGUGGUGCUGUCGCUGUGUCGGAGCCGCUGGGGGUGCAGGGGUGGCCGCAGCCCGCCCGGGGAUCUCGGUGUGGUAGAGCUGGAGAACCUGACCAAGCUGAAUGAGCUGUGGUCGGUGUCGCCCAGCCCCAGGCCGGGUGAGGACGGAGUUCCGGAUACAACCAUCUCCUUCCCCAGCAGCAGCCAUAGCCCGCGCCACGGGGCAGUGUGGAAGGAGCAGGACAGCCAGUCAGCCAGCACGGUGGCCCUUGCGGGGAGCAUGCUGAGCGAGGGCCAGGACACGUCCUACAGGGAAGGCAUCAACAUCGAGGUGGAGGUGUCGAUCGAAGCAGUGCCGCAUCCUGCCCGGGAGCAGAGUCUGUGCAGCGCGCUGUCAGGGCAGAGUCUCUCUGGGGACUCCCUGGGAGGCACCAGUGACAAGUGCAGCGCUGUGGGCGUCCCUGCAGAGUGAGGGGGACUGUGCAGCACUGAGCGGGGAGACCCUCAAUCCACAGAGCCCCCACCUGGGCUCCCGCCUGCCACUGACACAAAGAUCCCAUGCCCUCCUGUGGCAGAGCUGGUGACCCUCUGUGGGGCACCACCAGCCCCAUGAACUGGGUCCUGGCCAUCCCCAGGCUGGGUGGGCACUGACUGUGCUCAGUGCUGCCUGCACCCAGCCCCAUCCACCCCUUCCCUGAAGGCAGUUGUGAGCAUUGGCACCGCUGGGAAAUAAAACUGCUGUCUGAGGGUCUGUCUGU